CUGCUGCCUCCUGCGGCAUUGCCGGAACCGCCAGGGCAGGCACAAAAGGGCACCCUGACAGAAGCCUCAGCCUGCCUGCCCAAUGCCUGCCUUGGGGGUGCUGAUCCUUUUUUGGGCUGUGGCAGAGGCCACGGAGAACUGCCCUGCCCUGUGCACCUGCCAAGCUCUGGAAACCAUGGGGCUGCACAUGGACUGCAGGGGGCGCGGACUCACAGAACUGCCCGCCCUGCCGGCCCACACCCGCCAGCUCCUCCUGACCAACAACAGCCUGCGCUCUGUGCCGCCUGGUGCCUUCGACCACCUCCCGCAGCUGCAGGUCCUGGAGCUGGAGCACAACCCCUGGCACUGUGACUGUGGCCUUACCUACCUGCGCCUCUGGCUGGAGGACCGUGCGCCCGACACCCUGCCACUCAUCCACUGUGCCAGCCCGGAACGUGCCGCCCGCCGCCCGCUCAGCCAGCUGACAGGCUUUGAGUUGGGCAGCUGUGGCUGGCAGCCACAGGUAUCCUGGGCCUUCCCGAAUAUCUGGUGGGACGUGGCCCUGGGGGUUGUGGCUAUCCUAGUCCUGGCCCUGCUGGCUGCCCUGCUGUGCACCUCCACAGAGCACCUGGAGUGAAUCCCAGUACCCAGGGCUGUCCCCGGCCACAGGGGUAGGCCCUGGUCAGCCUGGAGGCCCUGAAGCCUGAAUUAAACGGUCUCCUCAGCCCUUUCA